UUGCCGCGUCACCCAACUAUAACACACUACCUCUACCCACAAGAACKCUUCCCACGUUUACCUAUAACACACUACCUCUGCCCAGAUGAACUGUGGCUGCGAUGUUAUGUGGGCAGGAGAUCCGGACUCUAAUAUCUUGCUGUUUAUCCUCAACGGCGUUAUCUUGUUUGAACGUGGAUAUCGGAAAGACGUCACCCAACUAGACUCCUCACCGCUGGGCGCUGGCAUAUAUAUAUAUAUCAUCUCCUUCGUCGCUAACCAGAGGACGGAGCCACUGAUCACGGGGGCGGCUGAGUUGUCGCCUUGUCGGGAGCGUUGGGAGAAGUAGUGGGCCUGUGAUUUGCAAUGGUGACGUUUGAUCAAAUGCUUCUUUUAAGAGGGGAUUGGUGAUCUUUGGUGCUUGUGGUUGAGUUUCUGCCUUGACGAUAGGAACCAAAUGUUACAGAACUUUGCUCCCAAGAUGAUUGAACGAGUUUUGAGCCAAAAAUGAUUCACAGAAUCCGUGGAGGACGAUGGGACUGGCCCGACUGGGAAGGAUGUUGGAAGUUGUAUAUCAGAGUUCCCCUUCUUUGAAGCAUGACCUGUAUUUACGUGUGGAAUGAAUUGUAGGUGUACCUACCAUCUCUAAUCAACCGAAAUUUCUUUCGAAGUUGGUUUGCUCAAUCUCAGAGAUGAAAUUCAUCAGCAUCUGCUUCCAUGACUUGAAGUCUGCGCUUGCGUCAGCUUUGUUUAUUAGAAUAAAGUUAUUGUAAUUUGAUUUGAAUUGUUAUUCUACAUAUCUGUCCAAGUCUCCCAUUAUACUUGAGUUCAAUUUUGAACGUUCCCGCUAAGGAAACUGGAGGAACUUCCGCCUCUGUUCGACGAAUUGAAUCAAUCAAUUUAUUGCACCUGCCGAUUAAUAAAAUAUUCCUAUCAAAGACUCAACUCAGAAAGUAGAGCUUUUUAAACCCGGGAAUCCUUUCUCCUCCAUUUUGGUCAUUUCUCGACUAUCAUCGUUAGCGGCUUAGCGAACACAUCGAGGGGGAGAGGAAAAUAGUUAUCGACUUAUCGUUUAUUCGUUUUCAUCAUCAAAGAAAGUGAGAAACGUGCAAGACAGAAAUGGGUGGAUGCUUUUCGGACAUUAAGGGAGGACAACAAGCUAUAGGAGGCAACCAGCCUAGGCCUAGCGCCAUGAACAGUGAUCAGGGGGAUGAGCACAAUGAUGCUGUUGAUUAUUUCUACCGUUCUCGCGGUUUUUACGCUCUUUUCACGCAACUCGAGUUAUCGCUCUCUGCUGCAAAACUGCAUGAUCUUGACAUCUUUUCAAAGAGUGACCCUAUGGCUGUGGUGUUUGCAAAGAAAAGUGAUGGAACACUUGAGGAACGUGGUCGCACAGAAGUAAUACUGAACACAUUGGAUCCUGUUUGGAUUGGAAAAAUUCCCAUUGCUUAUCAGUUUGAGAUUAUUCAACCAUUAGUAUUCCAUGUCUUUGAUGUUGACACCAAAUAUCACAAUAUACCUGUGAAGAUGUUGAAGUUAAACGAGCAAGAAUUCCUUGGAGAAGCUACUUGUGUUCUAUCAGAGAUAGUGACUAAAAGUACCAGGAGUCUGACACUUAAUCUUCAAAGCAAAAACGGACAUGCAGGCAUUAAAAAAUUUGGGACACUUACAGUCCAUGCAGAGGAAACUGUUGUUUCAAGGCAGGCUGUAGAAAUUAUACUGCGUUGUUCCCACUUGGAAAACAAGGACCUCUUUUCUAAAAGUGAUCCUUUCUUAAGAAUAUCUAGAGUAAUUGAAAGUGGAGGUUCUGUUCCAAUUUGCAAGACAGAAGUUGUGAAUAACAACUUGAAUCCAACUUGGAAGCCCAUCCACCUGACUAUGCAGCAAUAUGGAAGCAAGGAUAACCCACUAAUUAUAGAAUGUUUCGAUUUCAACAGCAGUGGAAAACAUGAAAUUAUAGGGAAGCUUCAGAAGUCAGUUGCAGACCUGGAAAGACUUCACAAGGAAAAGAUUGGAGCAAAUUUUCACUUACCAUCUUCUGGUCGACAAGGCCAUGAGAAGAUUCUGAAGGGUCAGCUUUUUGUAGAUGGGUUUUGUGAGAAAUUGCUGUACAGUUUUUUGGAUUACAUCUCUAGUGGAUUUGAACUUAACUUUAUGGUUGCUGUUGAUUUCACAGCUUCAAAUGGAAAUCCUCGACUCCCGGAAUCUUUGCACUAUAUUGAUCCAUCAGGAAGACUGAAUGCUUACCAGCAGGCUAUACUUGAGGUUGGAGAGGUCAUUCAAGUCUAUGAUUCUGAUAAACAAUUUCCUGCUUGGGGUUUUGGAGGAAGGUCAAUUGAUGGUACAAUCUCUCAUUGUUUCAACUUGAAUGGAAAUGUUAGAGAGUGUGAGGUUAAAGGGAUAGAUGGCAUCCUUGCUGCCUAUGCAAGUGCUAUACAUAAUUUUUCUCUUGCAGGACCCACUUUAUUUGGCCAAGUUAUCAAUAAGGCUGCACAAAUAGCUAGCCAAUCCCUUUCGGCUAACCAGAACAAAUACUUUGUUUUACUCAUCAUUACAGAUGGAGUACUGACGGAUAUCCAAGAAACUAAAGAUGCUUUGGUUAGGGCAUCUGAUUUACCAUUGUCGAUACUUAUAGUUGGAGUGGGAAAUGCAGAUUUUAAAGAAAUGGAGAUCCUCGAUGCCGACAAUGGGCAACGUUUAGAGAGUUCAACAGGUCGCAUUGCCACACGUGACAUUGUGCAGUUUGUUCCAAUGCGUGAGGUGCAUGGUGGACAGCUAUCUGUUGUUCAAGCUCUCUUGGAAGAAUUGCCUAGUCAGUUUCUGAUGUACAUGGGGAGUAGGGAUAUCAAACCAUGCUUUGCUAAUGAAGGCCCAACUGCUGCAUGAGAAGGCUAUCUUUGGUGGCCAUAGGCGAUGAGGCGAGAUCGGCUUCAGUGAUCAUGCCAUUCGCACAGCCUUUUACAGCCGUGCAUUGGGAAUAUUUCCAUACUUGUAUGCUUCUUUUCAUGGGGAGAUAGGGGAGAUAAUCCCAAUGCAAAGCUGCAAGGGACUGUGCAAACAGUGUGAGACGGUCUUGUGAGGACCAAAUUCAAUUUCAUCACAGGCUGGCCUAUAAUUCUUGUAGACCUGGAUGUAUCUCUUUUCUUAAGUUUAUAAUGUUUUAAGUUCUUUAUUUUGGUUGAUGACCGAGUGGUUGAAUGGUCAGUUGGCGUCCCUCUGAAUAUGAGGCAUGGGAUCAAACCACGCAACUGCAGGCUUUCCAUGGUAAGGUCUGUGGAUCUCACAUGCUCCCUGCUCUGUUUCCACCCCUUAAUCCCCCUGUAAUGUGUAAUUUGUAUUAUCGAAAUGUUCUUUAUUUUGAACCAUUCAUUGGAGCUUACUUUUGUGUUAUGGAGGUCACCAAAGGCCAAAACUGUGUAAAUAACUAGAUAUUCUGUUCUUAUUGCUGAACGUUGUAGUGACAGCAUUCUUUGUA